AAUGACUGUCAGGGUCACACCUGUGGGGCGGUGCCGGGGCUGGGUGUCAGUCCCUCACUCCAGGUGCCGCCGGCUGUGGAUCAGCAUGCUGUUAACCGACCAUGGCCCGUUUGUGGGUCUGCGGCACUGACCGGACGAGCGGAUUACGCAGAGUACUAAUGUGCACCAAAGCUCCAAACAAAGUGUUUGAGCACACAGAAGGAUUUAAAGGCUUUUACGCGCAAACUCCGGGGGAGUUGAGCAGAACUUUGUAAAGCCUCUUUGUCUUCUCUGGGGCCAUGGCUCUGUCCCAGCUCCAGUGCCUGGAUGAGAACCACGUGAACCCGCGCACUAACGAGUCCAAACCGGACUUCUUCUACAGCGAGGACCAGCGGCUGGCUCUGGAGACUCUCCUCCGAGAUGGACGCGAGGCGUUCGCCAAGUUCCUGGACGCUCGCGAGUUGCGGGCCUUUCUGUCGGACCCGGAGCUGGACGCGCUCACGGGGGCGGUCGAACCCUACGACCCGGGCGCGGAGCGCUUCCCGUCGGACACCGAGGACGCAGAGUCCCAGACGUCUUUGCACUACUGGCCGGACAUGUCUGACACGUCCAUACCGCAGAUGGACCUGGGCUGGCCCGACAGCGACUCGUACCGUGGUGUGACGCGCACGACCGUGCACACGCAGCCAUCACUGGACGGACGGGGCCACAUAAAGGAGAUCGUCAGGAAAAUGAUUGCGCAGGCGCAAAAGGUGAUAGCAGUGGUUAUGGACAUGUUCACCGAUGUUGACAUCUUCAGGGAUUUGAUAGAUGCUGGUUUUAAAAGAAAGGUUUCUGUCUACAUCCUGCUGGAGCGUGUAGCACUACCUCAUUUCCUGUCUAUGUGUCAGAGGGCCAACAUGCAUGCCGGACACCUCAAGAACCUGCGUGUCCGCUGCACUGGAGGAGCAGAGUUCUACACUCGAUCCUGUACUCGGGUCCGAGGGCGGCUGGGACACAGGUUCAUGUUCAUUGACGGGGACAAAGCCGUGUCGGGCUCUUACAGUUUCACCUGGAUGUCAUCACGGUUGGACAGACAUCUCAUCACCGUGGUUACAGGCCAAGCCGUGGAUGCCUUUGACCGUUUGUUUCGUUUCUUAUACACGACCUCCAGCUUUGUUAAUCUCCAGCAAGUCGCCACAGAUCCUGAACCUGAGCCAGAGCCCCUCCCACAGCCCAUCACUGUACCCACCCCGUCUGCUGCUGUUGCUAGAAAACUCUAUAACCCCAAAUAUGCCCUUGUUGCUGUUAGCACCAACAAUCGUAGCCAUACUGAUUCAACUGAACACAAUAGUUCCAAAGAGGCGGUGCCAGAAACCAAGAAAAAGCCUGGGAGGAGGGCAAGUAAAGAAGCCGAGAUUGAGGCUCCUCCCCUCCAUCCUGGAUUGAUUGAUCUUGAGAAGGCAUGUUUGAUCUCAUACCUGCCCACCUGGCCAGAGCCUGACCCUCCAAGUGAUGUGAUUGGCUUCAUUAAUGUCCGAGAUACCAGCCGACCAGCUCAGGUCCACCUGCAACGCUCGGAGAUGUAUCAAACCAGCCAAGCAAUCAGGUUUAGCUCUCCAAUCAACGUGCCUAAGGAGACCCUGCCAGAGGUCGCCACGCCCCGACAGUUAACUGUUUCACUUAAAGAUAUGCAAAAAGUACUUCAUGCAAAAUCAGCUGAGCAGAAAUCACAUGCAUCCGGACCAACAUCUCUAUUGGACCUGGCUAAGGAUGGGGAGAGAAUACCAACACUCAACACUGAGCACAAUCUACUUCCACACAAACCCACCAACAAAGACGAAAGUCACAACACAGCAACUCACCUGAACGCUCACACGACUCCUGAGAGACCUGAUGUAAACGGUCUUCUCCUGGAUUCAAGCACAAAACACGCUGCACAAACCAAAACGCUUCAAACGGCUGAAAAUCACGCACAAACUAACAAUGGGCUGCAGGAUCCAGGCUUACCCAGUCUUCACCCACAGCAGCAAAGCAGUUCAACAAUGACCACAAACUCUCAUUCUCAAAGUUCCACUGUAGUUUCUGGAAACAAUCCAGGCGCCUCCACGACAGCAGACCCAACUGCCAGUAUAGAACCGCUGCCCUCCAUCACCACCUCGUCUUCAGUUCCACAUAUUAACCCUUUCUCUACAACCCUUCAUCCUCAUGUCACACCUCAACAAGAACAUCCUCUUCCUUCUUCAUCGACUCCACCCGUCCCUAAACCUCGUACAGUCCAGCUUAUUUUUAAGAACAAGAACACCAGUGAUGGCUCAGAUGUGCCAGAGAUCAAAGUCAUGCAGGGGCCUCGAACCCUGUCUAGUACAGGGCCAUUGACGGAACCUCUAACAGAUAAUGAACCGGAGACUACCCCAGAACAGCAGAACGAGAGCGGGAUCAAAGCACAAAAAGACUUGGAUGACACAGGAGGUCUUGCAGAACAAAGGUUUCAUCUGCAAGAAGAACAGCACGUUGGAAGAGAGCUGCUGACUGCUAAAAACAAAGUACAAACACCAAGUGAUUCUGAUGAUGCUGCAGAGGCAGACACUGUAAAUAUUCAAGAGAUAAUUCCAAGACAGAGAGAGUCCAAGACAACAACAAAGCCAACACAGCCAGGACUGACAGAAACCGAGGUGACAGCAACACCUCAAAGAGAAAAUAAGCUUUUGUUGGCUGAAGAGCACAAAAGGCACGCUGAACAUCAAAUAAUAUCAUACAGUGAGCCAAAUCCAGAGGGAAGAGGCUCAUUAGUGAGUGUGGACACUUUAGAAGCUACAAAACACAGUCCUGAUUUUGCGAACACACAAAAAGGCCAUGUUGUAGCGCACAAUGCGCAUGACGUCGUGUAUGUGCAGAGUCAACACGAACUUCCAAGCGUCAUGUCGACCACCAAUAGCAAAGACAGUGAGCAGAUUACCGCACAGGAUAAACCGUACAGUGCCGUUCCAGAACCCCAACAAACCACCAAAAGGCAACAGCCACAUUCUCCUAUGACUGAGAGAGAACGGCGGUCCUUCUCGCCGCUGUCCCGCACCCCAACUCCUGACAGAUUAUCUUUACAUACGCCAACAUCUGAUUCACAUAUGACUACACCAGAGUCACAAUACAGUACUCCAGAUUUCCCCACGCCUGAAGGCAGCGCAGGUUAUGUGUCACCCAGAGAGGACGUCACCCUCUCCACCACUUCGGAUGAGUACUACGAAUGUAGCGAGUCGUCUUAUUCCUUUCCUGGUUUUGACAAUGUGUUUUACCACAGUAAUCGGACAACAGAUGACCAUGUUGUGGUUUCAGCUGACGCACAAUGUUUAUCUGCUCGAGAGGCUCCAUUUUUCAUGACAACAAUGGAGGAGGACCACCCAAGUGAAGACAAACGGAGGGAAGUGGGUGUGACGUGGACGAAAACAAAUGUGGGGACAGAGAGAAGAGGUUGCGUGGAGGCCAACAGAGCAUGCUAUCACGGGACCGAGAAUAAAGGUGCUACAGAGACGGAAGAUAAAGACAAAUGGGACCAAUGCCAAACUCCAACAAGAAAGAACGCACUCAUCUUAUCAGUGGAGACACUGAUGGAUGAAGGAGUGACUGUAGAAGAAUCGGACCUCGACCUCAAGGUGACAUCCCUCAAUGAACUUAAAGACCAUCUGGUUUCUGCACAAGAGAAACCAGACGGAAAGUCUUCUGGUGGCGAGACAGUGACGACUAAAGCAGCACUCAGUGGUGCACAAAUGAAUGAUGCAGUCAGAGAUACAGAUGGACACAAGACUAGUCCAUCAAGGCUUGAACAAAAUCAUCAACACCAGCAGGAGAGUUGUUCAAACAAGCCACCCAGACCGCCUCAGCCCUCCUCAGCUGCCCAAUCUCAUCCAUGCAGAAAUCCUUAUCUGAACCAGGCUUUACAUAGGGUGCUUCACAGCGGCUUACAGGUUCCAGACAGCACCUCAUCUCCUUCCAGACCACUCACUCCAGUGAGGGUGGAAACCAGUGCAACUGAGCGAAACCAACCUAAGGCCUCCCAGCACCAGCAGGGUGCGCUCUCCCAGCAGGGUCCAGCAGCACAGAGCAAAGCAAGAAGCAGGCAGUCGCAGAGCCAUGUGCCUUACCCGAAACCUUUGGCAUCCUUCCUCCACACGCAUUCCAACGCACAGUCUGUGUCCUCACAUAACCAGGUGGAGUCUGCUCAGGAAGCACCUGGACAGGAAGACGGAAGGACUCUUCAGUUUGGCAUCAACUUAGGUCGACUGUACGGCCUUAAGGGCCUGAAGGCCAGGAUUAGCAAGAAAAGCAGCGCCAGCGCUCCAGGGCACGGACACACGGGUUAGGUAUCUCAGGGAAACACGCUCACCUGGAAUCAGUUUUUAUCAUGUAUAGAUAGACCACAAAAUAAGUUUGUGGAGUACUGGCAACAUCAGUACCUUUGUUUUAAUCUUAGAUGAUAACUGGGAAGAAAAAAGUCUUUAUGAAUUUACACCCUGAUAUUACAUUUUAACUUGUCCCAUUUACAGGCGUUAUGUUUGUAUAUUUUCAACUUGCUGCAUAAAGACUCAAUAACCCUUUAGUGGAUACACAAUAGGGACACAUUUUGUGAACAUUCUAAAUGAUGUGUGUAAUGAAAUGGAGCUCCUCAGAACAAGGACAAAAUAGUUCUCAUCUUUGUUUCUGGACACUAUCACACGGUUUCAUCAGCGUCUUCUUUGAUUAUUAUUUAUAUACGAUCAUCUGCAAAGCUGUCAGACAGAAAGGACUGGGACAGACUGAAACAUUCUAUCUGACGGGAUAGAAUCUGACGUUUGCACCAACGAUGCCUUCAUAAGAUUGGACAUGUUGAGAUGAACUGUACCUUAAAUUAUAACUGUCAAAUCACAUGACAGGUUUGCUUUAAAACCAGCUCAUUUUACUGCGAGCUUUUUUUUUUUACACUAAUUUUUUUUUAUGCAUUUUAACUAAACGAAAUAUGUUAAACCAGAGGCGGCUAGAGCAAAGAAUUCUAAGUUGGGCUGCACACAUUCCAUGAGUUUCUGUAGCCACACCAGUAACAUUCAAUGCAAACUGCUAGGAAUGCAACCAAAAAGCUAAAACUCAAACUAAACCCUGCAUUGAAUCCAUUUUUUUUU